CACUUCGCGCUUUCUGUUUACCUUGCACUCAUUGAAUUUGUGCCGGGAGUUUGUCGAUAGUUUUUUCAAUUAUUCAUCCUGUUCAUGUAAAAUUGUCGAAAUUCUUCUUGUCAAUAUGUGGUCAAGUGAAAUCCACCUAGAGCUACAACGGAUUAUUAAAAUAAACACAGAGCACGGACAACCGGAUAGAGAUUCCGAUGAGGCCAAUAAAUAUAACGCCCGAUCCGGAGGAUUUCUACGAGAUGGUGCGUUUUCUUGGGCUGCCAACGGGCCGUUUUUAGACAUAUUUUGCACUCAAAGUGGCAGGAAGGUUUUGUCGCAAAAUUUUGAAAGUGAUUCCAAGUCUAGAAAUUGCGUGAUAUGCAGUGUGCAAGAAAUGCCUGUUAAUGAAAUAGAUUCCUUUACAAUUGUGGUUGGAAUUCAGUCGGAAGAUGAUUCCGGAAAUGUCGUGGUGCUGAGUGUUCAAAGCGGACGAGUGCUAGGAACAAUUGAUAUCUACGAAAAGUUAACCUUUGUCCAACCGCUGAGCAAAUUUACAUAUAAUCGCGGGCAAGUUGCAAAUUACGAUGGGUGCUUAGCUGUUGGUACGGCCAAUGGAAAAUUGCUCCUUGUCGACGCUUGUCUAAAAGUGGUAGAAGACUGUAUUUUUGGACGAAGAACAAUGAUGAAUGCUCCUGAAAAAACAUCAUGUCACGUUGAAUUUGCGAAUGUUGAUGUUGAUCAAAUAUCCAACAAACAUAGUGUUUUCAGUCGCCGAGGCAUUUAUUUCGGUCUUCAACUGGAAGCGCUGGAAGAAGAGUGUAGCCCGGUGACUUCAAUUCUAGAUUUACCCGCUUUGAUGUCAAUAGCUGUGGGGUAUGCCGAUGGAAGAAUGAUAUUGUAUGAUUUGCUCGAGUUGAGAAUUCUGUAUGUGGCACAACCAGCAGUCGAAGACACACCUAUUAUUAAUAUGAACUUUGUCGAACCAACUGAUGAUCCUAAGGCGUGCGUAUACAUUUGGGCAUUCCACGCGGGUGAGGCUGGCGCCUUUGCCGUUAUGCAUAAUCUAAUGUACGAAGAAAAAUUUGUAGAAUCGCAUGGUCAUGUGUACGAACGAUUCUUGUCCUGCGGAACACGUGUUAAUAUUUCGUCUUAUGAUGAAGGAAGUUUUCCUUUAGGUAUUCAAUCAAUUAUGAAAUCGGUCAGCCAAGAGGAAGAAGUCGUUACGUUGUGUGUGCUUAGUUGGGUUGCCUCAGAUCGAUCUACUAACAUUUUGGUUUUUGACCUUAACCAAUGGUAUAAAGCAGAAAUGCCAUUCAACUGUGAUUGGCGAUUUGAUCUGAAUCAUACAGUCGUAUUCAACAUUAAAGUAGCUGCUACUGGAAUCCACUUGGCAGUCGAUUCAUUAAUACCCUUCAAUUCAAUUCAUAGACCGGAGGAACACUUCUACCCGAACGCACUAAGUUUUGAUAUUGUUGCGUUAAGCAGUGGCAAUUGCGCCCGUUAUCACUGGACGGGAUUACAAAACAAAAUAUUGGAGUAUUUCGAACAAGGCGGCUCUUCAUGCCUUAUGGAACCAUCCAAAUUGUACAACGUGAUGCUACGGGCGGCGCUGAUUCCUCAAUUUGUAGAUUUCAACUAUUCGUCUGAGACUGCUAUCGAUGUGCAACGUGAGUUUCUGCUUUCUAUUGCACUGGAAUAUAACUGUUACUCUCUUCUACAACAAUGCGCUCUAAGCUGGGCCGACGGCAGUCAUCUGGGGCAUGAACCGGAAAAAGGCGUCUCUCUGUCUACUUUAACAAAUUGGAUUUGGUCAAGGGCAAAGGCACUGAAAGAUCUUAGCAAUUCUAUGUGCGUACCAUUGUUUGACUUGUCUGGUCGCAGAAUAGAUUGCGGAACACAGAAAACGUUGCUCCACUGUUCACGGCAACUUCGGCAGCUUUCAAUGUUAUGCGAUGUUAUUUUUGAACAAUGCAAGCAGUACAUUCCGGAGAAAGUAUUCAAAGGUCUUAAAGCUCAAGGUAGCUCAAUACAUCUAGCAGCUGACUACCAAGAAGUUGUGCAAUGGCUUCUGAACGUGGGACUUUUGCCGGAAGGUAACAUCGAUGGCGUUAACUUGUCAGAAGAAUUUUUGUUGGUUCCGUUUCCUUAUCAAGCGAUUCAUUCGUACUACGCUUCCCAGCGAACGAUGUUGAGUGAAAAGCGAUUAGAAAAAGGAAAUCCGCGAAGUGUAGAAGAGCAAAGCUGUCGGUACCUUUUUAUCGAUAAUUUUAUUGAUCGGGAAUUUCCUGGCGAGGCCCUUAAGAAAGUUUGGAUCGAGAAUAACGGUUGUGGUGUGUAUCCACCUAAAUCUAUGCAAAACCUUUUACGAGCUUUACUGGUCCCAAAUGUUUCAACUGAAACUAAAUAUAUACUGCUGUGCUAUACUUUUAUGGAUAUGAAUGCAGUGCUAGGUGAUGGACGAUACGGGGGCAUCAUUCAAAAUUUGAUAAAAUUCCCUGCGGUGUUCAAACUCAACUCGCCUGUAAUAAAGCGUACGCAGGCUUUUUGGUUCCUAGACCACGGUAUUAUUGAUGGAGCUAUAGAGGAACUUUUAUCACCCAUGUCACAAAGCGAGCGAUUCUCUCAUUGGGAACGUGAGUUCCUCAUAUCUGCUUUACUUCGGUACGAUGCACCUCACCUAGCUCUACGAGCUCUCCGCGCUCCAGGUGUCCCAAUUUCACCCUUUUUGGAGCUAAAAACACUUUUAGAAAAUAAUCUUAUAUCAGAAGCAUUCAAGUUACAACGUUCCAAACACGACACCAAUCUGCUGCGGUGUUUCUUCGAGGGAACUUUGAAAUCUGCGAAAUAUGAAGUGUUAUUGGACCUAGCGCUCUCCGAUGAAGAAACAUACAUCCUGAGGGAAUAUUUAACCAAAACCAGUCAACCGAUGGCGGACAAUUUGCACUUUAUUCAUCUGUUGCAAAAACUGGAUUUUGUCGAAGCGGUUCAAAUGGUAGACAAGCUAAGCAAAAAAAGAAGCAUCGAAUAUAAUCUAGAGGCGCCUAAAGAAGCCCUCACACUAUUCCAUGCUUCUCUCGAACCAACAACACAGCACUUAUCGUAUCUGGCGUACGCCGAACAGAAAGAUCUCAAACCGGCCAAGACAACUUUUGCUGAACCAUUGAGUUCUCGAUUGAUUCGAGGAAGGGCUGAUUUCAAACGGCAUAUCUACCAUAAAUCAAUCAUAGCUAUUAAGGAAGCAGCAGAGCCUUUGGAACAUGCACAACCUUUCCUGGAGAAGCCUGGCCUUGGAAUAUUUCAAUUUCGCAAUCAAACAAAAAGCAGUAACGUUUGUUAUCCUAUAAAGGUAGAUGCAAAAGGCCCAAAGCGCAAGCUGGACGAAGAUAUGUUGUUAGAUGGGCGUAACAGGCCAGUAGAUGUUUUCAUGGACUAUCAACAGCCUAAAAAACGACGAAAGGUCGAUACAGAACCAUUACAUCAUGUGUCCCUCACAGCACCGAAAAGCGUUUUAACAGAAUUCAAACCUGUGAAACCUACUUUUUGUUUCAGUAACCAACAAUUGGCAAGUAUUUCCGAAAAAUCACUGAGUCGGUCUCCGUCGGCCCAACUGACCACUCCUGUUAUCAAGAAAAUGCUUCCUUAUAAUCCACCUUCACCGGAAAGUGUAAAUUCUUACACUCCGCAUGGAAUAUUGAAGUCUACAGCAUCGAUACAAAGCUUCAUUCAUCGUAAAAGCAUUUCGCCUCCGCCAAUUAAUAUCCUUGGUCAACGUCCCAAUGAAAUAGAAGAGAAAAUUUUGCGUUUUGAUCUACCGGUGUCGCCGAUGAGAGAGUUAGCGGAACCAAAUUUCUCACAACCAUUAAAAUCGAUUCCUCAACAUAUGCUUAAUGACUCCGUUGCUUCAAGUGAUGAAUUUUUCUCGCCCGAGGUUUCAGUUAAUACAUUUGAUGAUGAGGCUUGCCUAGAUAUUAAAGGUAUUCUCACGAGAGCCCCGAAAUGUCGUCGGUCCAUUCACAGCCGAUCGGUAACACCGGAUCAAAACAACAUUGCCAUAAUUAUAGAAGAUGUUGAUGACGAUUCAUCAGGUAAAAAUGUAUGUCAAGAUACAGAAGGCGUUUCCGAUACGGAAGAAACGGAAGAAGUUAUCCAGGUGGAAGCACCAUCAGCGAUUGUCGAUCACCCAUUGUCUGAUGUUGCAAAAACCACGGUAGUUGGCCGAAAAUCCCUUGGACGGAUGGUUUUGGAGGCAAAUGCUCGAAAAAAUUUGCAGCAUGUGCCGAUUGCUGCAACGGAAACGGAAAACGUUAAUGAGGGGACAGUUGAAAAUCAGCCGCCUGAAACAGUAGAUGAAAACGAUCUUGAGGUUAUUGAGGAUCCGUUUCGAUCUUUACCCUCCACGAAAGGAAAAUAUGACCAAGAAACAAUCCCAAACAUUAUUCCAGCUGUAGGAGAUAAUAAUAAAGACAUAAUUGAAUCAAAAUCUAAUAGCUCUGACGAUCCCGUUGUUGUGGUCGAAGAUGAAGAAAUGGAGCAUGAGAACGUCCAAGGUGGGCCGAGAGGAACAGAGGAAGCUGUAUUCAAAAUGGAUACCAUACAAGAGGAAAUUGUAAUUGAGGAUGAGGCAAUAGAAGUAGAUUCCGAUGAAGUUGAGGACACUGAUGAUAAUAGUACCGAACAGAGCGAUUCAUCUGGAGAUGAAAAUCCGUUUGACGGAGAUGUGAUCGAUAUUUCAUCCAAUAGUAGCAGUUCAGAUAGUGAUGAUGACGAUGAUUCAGAUGAUGAUAGAAAAUUUGGGGCACAGGAACAAGCACCCGUACCAGAAGUUAAUGUUGCAAGCAGUGAAUCAUCAGAGAAAGAAAGUCCCUCAGAAUCGUCAUUGCCGAAACCAUUAGCUGGUGGGCAAUGUCCUGCUGAUUUUUACUCGGAUACGCUUCCGGAUCUCAUUUUGGUAGGUCAAGAACGCCGGAAUGCCGUAUUGGAUACCGAAGAAUCUAGCGAUGCCCAAGUUUCGACAACUACGUCGUCGGCUUCCAAUGUCGAGACUAGUGAGCAGGUUCUGUGCCGAGAUAUCAUUUCACACAAUGAAGCUUCACCGCAAGCUACCGAAGAGCAGGAAGUAGACAGCGAGAAGCAUCACCGCGCUGAAGAUUUAUCUGUACCACAAGAGUCAGAUAAUAAUCUCGGAGAAAGAGCUAAUCAAUCUGAAUCUCCUACAGUUGAAGCAAGGGAUUUGUCGGUGCCUAUUGGUGAAAGGGUGGACCAACCUAGUAACGCUGAGAUGCAGGUAAUUUCGUCAAUACGUCAGGAUUCGCUUCCAAUCCAGAAAGAAGAUAAAUUUUUGGGUAAACCCAAGAAUGCUCAUGAAGUUGAAGUACCCGCUAUAAAUUUAUCUGUAAAACCAGACGAAGCACAUGAAGCCAACAGAAAGAACAGUAAAAGUGAUGAAAGUGAUGAUUCUGCCGCCCUUAAUUUAUCCACUGGCCCAGUUACCGAAUUGAUUGCAAAUGAGGCACACAGUGUAUCGGACAGUGAAGAUAAAGAUGAUGCGAAGAUAUCCUACAACGAGCACACUGCUAGUGCAAUAGAAGAUCCCAUGGAAGGGCCUAGCACACGAAUAAUUUCUCAAAAAACUCCUGAAAUAAAAAAAGAUAGUACUGCAACGUCGCGUCCCAGAAAAUUAGAAUCCGGAUCAACUUCUUUAGAAGGAAUGGUUCCAAGAACGUUGGCGAGUAUCACUGAUGAAACUCCGAAAACCCCUCGUCAAACGAGAAGAUUGUCGAUGGACAUAUCUGAUCCAUCCACCUCAACUCCAAGAACCAUUAAAACCAGAAGAAUGUCUGCCAUUGAAAGAAAUGAAGAAACAGAAUUAACUCCGAUCAAAAGAAAUACAAGAGCUUCCUCGGUGGCAUUAGAAAAUAAGUCUCCUUACACACCGAUAGGUAGAAGUAAGCGACAUUCUUCAAUGAAUAAUUUGGCUACACCGGAAAAUGUCGGUUCAACACCAAAAAGAUCAACUAGAGCGUCAUCAUUAGCAAAAGAUUUACUGGCGAGCUCGACUCCCACUAGAAAGCGCAAGAUGUCCGAAGCAUCCCCGGAACGAACUGAGUCCAGAAAUACUUCUUUUGAGGAAGUCGAUGAAAGCGUGGUGGAAGAUGCCAAAUCAGAAAAAUCUAGAACAAGCACUGGAAGUCGGCGAAGCUUACGUCGACAAUCUUCAGUGUUAAAACCUCCAGUGCAACCAACUAUUUCUGAAGAGUCUGUCCCUAUCUCAGAAAACGUACCAAAAGCUUCAACAGGGGUUUCAAAGGCAGAAGAAGAAUCAUUCGUGGAAUAUUCCACUAAUCGUCGUCUCACUCGUCAUCAAUCGUCUAUUAUUGAAAAAUCUUUGGAUGUGGUGCGAAAGUUGGGUUCAAUUCCAGAAGAUGCUAGAACAACUCUAUCAAACGAGGCCAACGACAGCGACCCCGAAUCAUUGAUAUCGAAUUCGAGUGAAACGUCGAAGCGAUCAACUCGUUCCAAAAUGAGUCAUCAAUCAACGAGUAAAUCCCAUAGCAGUAAACCAUCGAAAGCGAAAACAGUUGUCGCCCAAGCAGCUGGCGGUCGAUCAACUCGAUCAUCGAAGCGGGAUCAUCAAAGUGACGCCGAAAGUGUCGACACUGAAUUCGAGAGCCCUUCUAAGAAGCCGUCGUUAGAAACAAUAAACGAAGAAGAAGAAGAAUCAAAUAAAACCCGUCGUAGAGGAAGACCCAAGAAGCAGUAAAAAUGGCCACAGUGAUUGUAACUGGAAACGACUUUGGAAAGGUUGUUUGUUCAUUGUUUUAUUUUUUGUUUAAAUGUCACAUUCUUGUAAGCACACGUUAGGAUGCUAAUAAACUGAGUGUUUGGUCGA